UCGAGUAUACGCAACUACGCCCCAUUGUGCCGCAAUUAACCUAAAUUCGCAGCAAUGCAGCUCAGACAGCAACACUUUUUUUGUUGCAAUAUAAACAAGUUCUAACCGCCAAGCUCGUCAUAUUCGAUAUUCAGUCAUAAUUCGAUCUCCACAAACAUGGCUCGAAUCAGUGGAUUGCUACUUUUUUACGCUAUGAGUCUUUUAAUUGGAAUUUGCCAGAGUCAAGCGUUUUACUCGAGAAUCGUAAAUGGCACACAGGCUAACGAAGGCGAAUUUCCAUUUGUGGUUUCCCUACGUCGCGCUUCCGAUGGUCAACAUAAGUGUGGUGCUUCGCUGCUAAAUCGUGCAUGGGCGCUUACGGCCGCACAUUGUGUCGUGAAAAUACAACCGGAACAGUUGAGUAUUCAAUAUGGCAGCAAUAAAUUGGAUGCGGCUAGCCCCAAAGUGUCGAAUAUCAGUAAAAUAGUAGUGCAUGAUAAUUAUCAACCCGGAAAUUUGAAUUUGAAUGACAUUGCACUGCUGCGUCUGCAAACACCCAUCAAAUUUAGUUCAAAAGUGCGUGCAGUGCAUUUGCCGGCAGCGCAACAGGAUACAGCAGAGGCGUUGCCUGCCGUAUUGCUCGGCUGGGGGCUGAAUGCGACUGGUGGCAUCAUACAAAAACAACUACAAAAGGUGCAUUUACAAGUAUUCAGCGAUGAGGAGUGUAGCCAACGCCAUGGCACUCAAUUGCAUGCGACCACAAUUUGUGCCGGUGUGCCGGAGGGUGGCAAGGGUCAGUGUAGCGGUGAUUCGGGUGGUCCUCUGCUGGUAGAUGGCCAACAGGUGGGCAUUGUUUCGUGGAGUCGCAAGCCAUGCACUGUGGCGCCUUAUCCGGGUGUCUUUACGGAAGUAUCGGCUUAUGUGGAUUGGAUGGGACAGAUGAUGAGCAAUGAUCGUGAUGAUGGCGAUUGGAGUGAGAGUGAAGAGUCAUGGGAAGAACUGACAACAGGGAAUUUGAUUAUAGUGCGAAGCAAGAAGGGGGUUGGAAGUAAAUUAAUUAAGAGUUAAAGCGAGUAAAAUAUGUAUAGCUCAGUUAAGUUAGCUCAAAAAAAGCGUUGUAAAAAUACGGGUAAGCUUACAA